ACAAUCAUUUAUUCAAGUUCUGUAUAGGUGUUAUAGUUACCAGCCUAGUUGCUCAUGCCAAGUUACUGGCCAGGUACCUUGGUCAUGAGGAUGGAGCCAAGUCUGUGUCAGGUGCACCUGAUGCUCCUGGACGCUCAAAGUCAUCAGUCUUUAGAGUCCAUUCUUAUAGGAAUUAAUUCCUAUGUUAGUCUAUGGAAACUGUUUUAUCCUGCUGUUGCUGACUCAAUCAGCAGAUGGCACAUUCCUGUCCAAAGUGGCACAUUCCAGGUGGUUCCACACUGUUCAAAGUUUGUUGUUUCUCAUCCUUCCAGGUGAUGGGGUGGAUCCCAGUUUACCCUCCGGGGGUUGUUUGGUGGUCCUACUUGACACAUUUUUCCGCCGAUGGAUACUCCCUUUCUAGGCUGGCACCUCCCUAACCAUUUAUGUACAUCAAGCAUUCAUUAACAUACAUUUCAUAUCUUAACCAUAUUUUAAUUUACUGUCUCCACCACUUUCAGGGUGUGUGCUAAUUCAUUUGAGACUCCCAGCCCUUUAAUCACAGAGGGUGGGGGGUCUGUCCUAGGAGCCCUUGAAUGAAGUGAAAAUCACUUAACAGCUUAUAGUGUUUGUUUACAUUGUAUAAAUUACUUCAAGAACAAAGUCAAUUAACUUGUUUGUAAGUUUUACAUAAUAAUAAAGUAUCUUUCACAGGAUAGAUGUAAUCAAUGGUUUCUACAGACAGUAGCUUACAAGUUUUAACAGAAGAUCCAAGAGAUUUUUGUGCUUGGUGAAACUGUUGGAUUUUAAAAUGUGGGGGACAAAUUAUGAGGGGGUCACUGUCACUUGGGGGAAUCACUGUUAGUACCUUCUUUAAUAUCCCUACAUAAGGGCCCUGUAGAAACAAGACAUGGAGACAGUCUGCCCCAGAAAGCUCUGACUUGUCUUUGUAUAUUUCAUGAGAAUCAAGGAUUUAAGGACUUUAAGGGUUGUUGUUUCAUUUGCUGCUUAACGAGGACUGAUUUAUUUUUUUCAUCUUCAGACAAAUUUUGCCUGAGGUGGUGGUGAUAAGAAUAUUAUACUUAAUGAAGGCCUACAGGAAAGUAUAGAAUGUCUCUGUAAUACAGCAGUUUAUUGAAGCAAUGGUACAAAAAGGCUUUGGAAAGGGAUUGUAUUUGGUAAAUAAAACCUGAGGGUCCCCUGGGGCCCUAUGGUUCCUCUUAAAGUAGUGGAAUGUUAACCUAAUCUCUUCCCAUUGGCCAGGGAUGUUUGUCCAGAUGUCUAGCUUUUCCAUAAAAGAUAAGUAUUACCAGACUUGACAUGCAUUUGAGAGAGAAGUGCUAGCAAAGAACAUUGAUAGAAAAAUGACACUAACUAUUGAUUUGGUUAUACUGUUUUUAUGCCUUGGAGUUGUAUAUCCUGGCGUGACUGGAAUUUUUAUGGACAAACUUGCCAGCAAAAAGCUCUGUGCUGAUGAGGAGUGUGUUUACACCAUUUCCCUUGCCAGAGCAGAAGAUGAUUACAACGCACCAGACUGCAGGUUCAUUAAUAUUAAAAAAGGGCAGUUGAUUUAUGUUUAUUCAAAACUAGUGAAAGAGAGAGAAGCUGGAGAGUUCUGGGCUGGAAGUGUGUAUGGUGAGCAGUAUGAAGACCAGAUGGGAACAGUUGGCUACUUCCCUAGCAGUUUAGUCUCUGAGCAGUAUGUUUAUCAAGAAGCUAAUAAGACAAUCCCUACAACGGCCAUUGACUUCUUCUGUGAAUAGUACCGGUAUGUGGCUGGGUCAUCACCAGGCGGAUACCAAGAGACUCUGAUGGAUAUAAAUCUGAAAACCCAUGGCUGACUACUCCGAAUUCUUUCUUUCUUUCUUUCUUGUUUGUAAAAUAAUACGUUUAUUUCUAAAUAAGAAUUUGUUGAAAUGGAGUGAUUGCUGGGGAAAAAAGUUUAAAACGUUAGAUAUAAACCACAUGGCAUAUGCUUCGAAAGUCUUUCUACCUGAAAUUACUUUGUUAUAUUCAUUGGUAAGUUAGCACGCUUUAAACUACUGCAUUGUCAUAUUCAAAGUUAUCUAAUAUUUGAGGUAAGACUUUAAAUAUCUUAUGUUGCAUUUAUUUUCUCACUAUACAAGCACAUUUUAUGUUAUUGAAUAAAAUUACAUUACAAGUGCACAAAGCUGUGUGUGAGACACAAACAAAAGUAAGGAA